AGACCAGGAAAGACGGGUUCCCUGGAAACUCAAGCCAGAAGGGUGACCAGGGUGUUUCUGGCUCACCAGGUCUGGAUGGUAUUCCUGGACAGAAGGGGGAGGCAGGAUCAAACGGGUCUAAGGGGAUCGAUGGAGCAAUGGGUGAGAAGGGACCAGCUGGGGAGCCUGGUGCAGAGGGGAAACCUGGGAUAAAUGGUUUGAAAGGAGACUCAGGUCCUAUUGGCCCCAAAGGUGAUCAAGGCGAUAUGGGUCUUCAAGGUCUGCCUGGUCUAAGUGUGGAGAAAGAGGGACUCAAGGGAGAUCAGGGAUCCCCUGGGUUGCCAGGUCAGACGGGGGCUCUAGGCAAAGAGGGAAAAAGGGACAAUGACCCAAAACCCACCUCCAGGCUGUGUAAGGGCUAUUUUACCAAGAAGGAGAGUGAUGGAGUGCUGCAUCAGAUGACCUGGCCUCCACAAUCACCCAACCUCAACCAAAAUGAGAUGGUUUGGGAUGAGUCAGACCGCAUAUUGUAACAUGACAUAAGAUAACAUGACAUAUUGUAACAUAACAUAAGAUAACAUGACAUAAGAUAACAUGACAUAUUGUAACAUAAGAAAACAUUACAUAUUGUAACAUAACAUAAGAUAACAUGAGAUAUUGUAACGUAACAUGACAUAUUGUAACAUAACAUGACAUAUAAGAUAACAUUACAUAUUGUAACAUAACAUAAGAUAACAUGACAUAUUGUAACAUAACAUGACAUAUUGUAACAUAACAUAAGAUAACAUUACAUAUUGUAACAUAACAUUACAUAUUGUAACAUGACAUAGCAUGGCGUGGCGUAGCAUAGGGUCACAAGCCAAAACACCAUCCUCUACUGAAAAAUUCACUUCCUGUUCAGCUCUAAUGCGGUGGUACUGAAACAGGAUACAGUAAUACUAUCCACAUGUACAAUGCAUUUGGAAAGGAUUCAGAAGCAUUCACUUUUUCAAAUCAAAUCAAAGACACAUUUUGUUACCUUGCAUUCUAAAAUGGAUUUAUUUUUUUAUCCUCGACAAUCUACACACAAUACCCCAUCAUGACAAAGCGAAAAGAGGUUUUAAGAAAUGUUUGCAAAUGUAUUUAUUAUUUACAUACCUAUUCAGACCAUUUGCUAUGAGACUUGAAUUUAUACUCAGGUGCAUCCUGUUUUCAUUGAUCAUCCUUGAGAUGUUUCUCCAACUUGAUUGGAGUCCACCUGUGGCAAAUUCAAUUGAUUUGACAUGAUUUUGAAGGUCACACACCUGUCUAUAUAAGGUCCCAUAGUUGACCGUGUAUGUCAGAGCAAAAACCAAACAAUGAGGUUGAAGGAAUUGUCCUCAGAGCUCCAAGACAGGAUUGUGUCAAGGUGCAGAAGGGUACCAAGAACACAGUGGCCAUUCUUAAAUGGAAGAAGUUUGGAACCACCAAGACUCUUCCUAGAGCUUGCCAAACUGAGCAAUCGGGGGAGAAGGCCCUUGGUCAGGGAGGUGACCAAGAGCCCAAUGGUCACUUUGACAGAGCUCCAGAGAUGGGAGAACCUUCCAGAAGGACAACCAUCUCUGCAUCACUCCACCAAU